AUGUCUCCAAGCGUUGUACUUGUCACCGGCGCCAACCGUGGCAUCGGCUACGAGAUUGUCAAGGCUCUCGUUGAGUCGUCAACUCCCUAUCACGUCUUCCUCGCUGCUCGUGAUGCUGCAAAGGGCAAGGCCGCCGCAGCCACGAUAACUCCUCGUGCGGGCAGCUCCAUCUCCGUUCUCGAGCUAGAUGUCUCCUCGCCCGAGUCCAUCGCCAAAGCCGUGGAAACCGUCAAGGCAGAGGCCGGUCGAGUGGAUUUCCUCGUCAACAAUGCCGGCGUGGUUGACGAAAGCGCUGAUGCACUGACACGGCUUCGCAAUACGCUCGAGAUCAACACCAUUGCACCGUUCGCCGUUACCCAGGCAUUCAAGCCUUUGCUAAUUACCCAACCUGAGAAUGAGACCAAGGAGAAGCGAGUCAUCUAUGUGUCGAGCGGACUGGGCUCAAUCGCUGCAAAGUUGGACCCCAACUCCAAGUACUAUCCCGUCCAAGCUACUGAGUACCGCAUGAGCAAGUCUGCGCUCAACAUGCUGGCUGUCUGCGAUGGUUAUGAGCUGAAGGAUCACGGCAUCAAGGUCUUUGCAUAUGAUCCCGAGUUUGUGGCCACAUCACUGUCGCUCUCGCCUGAGGAGCGCCGGAAAAUGGGUGCGCUUGAGCCCAGUGUAAGUGGCGAGAGCUGCCGCGAUAUUAUUGAGGGCAAGCGAGAUGCCGAUACAGCGAAGCUGGUCAGCAUCAAUGGGGGGGAGUGGCCGUGGUAA